AUGGAGGGUUUAGUUUAUGAGAUGGAUUUUAGUGUUGAUGUUGAUUUUGUGAACUAUAAGGACAUUGAAAGCCUGGUCCUUAGUGUUGGGUAUACGAAGUUUAAGUGUUUGUCGUACCAACAUCCAAAACUCUCAUUUCAGCAUGGACUCAAGCCAUUAAACUCAUACGGUGACUUGUUGCAGCUUAUUGCAGAUUCAAAAGGGCAUAGCUUAGUAGAUGUCUUUGUUGAACAUGAAGUGGAUAUACCAGAAGUAGUUGAGUUUGGUAAUGAAGGCCCUUUAGAUGAUGAUGUCAUUAAUGAAGUCCCUUUAUUUGAAGAUGUUAGCAAUGCUGAGAAAGAAGGAACUAAUGGAGUCAACACUGAAGUUCCUAUGGAUAGUAGUGUCAACACUGAAGUUCCUAAAGAUGGUAGUGUCAACAAUGAAGUUCCUAUGGAUGGUGGUGUCAACACUGAAGUUCCUAUGGAUGGUGGUGUCAGUACUGAAGUUCCUAUGAGUAAUGAAGUUCAUUUGGAUGAUGAUGUUCCUUUGGAUAAUAAUGACGCUGAAGAUGUCAAUAUGGAAGUUCCUAAUGGAGUAAGAAUUGAUGAAGAAGUUAAUAGGAAUUCUGAUAGUGAAAAAGAUUGGGAUUAUGUUCCAAGUGAAGAGGGUGGUAAUCUGAAUGAAUCACAAGCUGCUGCAUAUGAAGAGUCAGACCAAGAUGAAAGUGAUAUGCAUACUCCAGUUGAAAAUAAUGAUGAAGUUGUUCACAAAAGGAAAUUUCCAACUUUCAAAGUGUUUGAGAAUGGUGUUCCAGUUAGGGUUGAGUUAGGUAUGCAGAUUGUCUCAAAGGAAGUCAUCAUAGAUGUUGUGAAGGAUAAUGUUAUGGAAACAAGGACUAACAUAUGGUUAAAGAAAAAUGAUGCAAUUAGGGUUUUUGUGAAAUAUCAAUUAGGUUGCCCAUUUCAUAUGUUAGUUGCUAAAAGGAGUGGAAGUCAGUAUUGGCAAGUGAAAAUUUUGAAACCAAAACAUGAGUGUGUUAGGUCUGCUGGCAAUAAACAGGCUAAAACUAAAUGGCUAGCAAAGAAUUUUAUUCCAUUGAUUAUGAAUACUCCUCAUAGCAAACCAAGUGGAUUGGCACAAGAAGCAUUUAUAAGGUGGAAUGUUAAGCUCAAUAAUUUUCAAGCAUAUAGGGCAAAGAAGAGAGCUUUGGAGCUGAUAGAGGGUGCUGCUAGUGAGAAAUAUGCACACUUAAGAAAUUAUGCUGAAGAGAUUAGAAGCACAUGUAUACCAUUAAUUGGAUUGGAUGCUUGUUUCUUGAAAGGUGAACAUGGUGGUCAACUUAUAUCAGCUAUAGGAAAGGAUGGAAACAACCAGAUAAUGCUUAUUGCAUAUGUUGUGGUUGAAGCUGAAACAAGGGAUUCUUGGAAGUUGUUUGUUGACCUACUGCUGGAAGAUCUUAACCAAAUUAUACCUAGACAGUAUACAUUUAUUUCUGACCAGCAAAAGGGACUUGUGGAGGUGAUUAAAAGACUUGGUGAGAAUGUGGAACACAGGUUGUGUUUCUAA